UCUUGGCUAGCAUGUGGCAAGCAUACCUGUCAGAGAGGUAGCGCGUUUCUUCACUCAGUUGAAAUUGUCCAAACUUGUUUGUCCGCUCGACACUCAGGUAAAGGUAGAGGUACGGGCAGGGAGAAGCAGCAGCAGUAUGUCGGUCGACAGCGUGUUUAGGACCCGGUCCCUCGGUGUGGCAGCCGAAGGUCUUCCUGAUCAAUACGCCGAUGGCAAAGCAGCGAAAGUGUGGCAGCUGUACAUCGGAGACACGAAGAGCAGGACGCAGGAGUACAGGAGCUGGGUGGUGUCCCUGCUGAAGCAGUACGGGGUGCGGAGUGUGCUGGAUGUAGCCUGCGGAACAGGGAUUGACUCCAUUAUGUUGGUGGAGGAGGGGUUUAAUUUAGUGAGUGUGGAUGCCAGCGACAAAAUGCUCAAGUAUGCACUGAAGGCGAGAUGGGACAGGAGAAAAGAACCAGCUUUUGACCAGUGGGUGAUUGAAGAGGCCAACUGGCUGACUUUAUCAGAAGACAUUCAGAAACCAGGAGAUGGUUUUGAUGCAGCCAUCUGCCUCGGCAACUCAUUUGCCCACUUACCAGACUUUAAAGGGGACCAGAGUGACCAAAAGUUGGCCCUUCACAACAUUGCCAGUAUGGUCAGACCAGGUGGGAUCCUCAUCAUUGACCACCGCAAUUACGACUACAUCCUGGAGACUGGGCGUGCUCCACAAGGCAAGAACAUCUACUACAAGAGUGACCUAACUCAGGACAUCACCACCUCAGUGUUGUGGGUCAACAGUAAGCCACAUAUGAUCACUCUUGACUACACCAUCCAAGUUCCACAGGCCACCCUCCAGAACCUGCCUGAAGUUAGUAAAUUCCGGUUGUCCUACUACCCUCACCGCCUGGACAGCUUCAGAGGUCUGCUGAACGAGGCCUUCAACGGCAAACUGGAGCACGCCGUUUACGGAGAUUUCAAGACUUACGUGCCGGGCCAGUCUCAGGCUCCAUGUUACUUCAUCCACGUCUGUAAGAAAAAGGCCUAAGAGGAAUACCGGGAGCCACCUUGAUACUGAUGUGCACACAGUGCUUGCAGGAAGGAGGGAAAAACAUCCCUGCUUAAAAAGUCCCAGCUUACUCGUCUUUCAGAUUACACCCAGAAUUCUAUUUUUAAAGUAUUUUAGCUUUCUUUCAAAAAUAUCGCAACACACUUUGUCACAUGGAUACUGAAAUCAGUGUUGACUAUGAAAAAAAAAUGUUGCUUUAAAGCAGUUUUUGUUUUUUUUCCCCUGUAGCUUUAAAUUAAGAGUACAUAAAGAAACUUUUUCUUUUAGGCAUUUGAGCUGCCAAGACUCAUUGGUUCUGCUAGCCGACACUGUUCAUUCGUUUGACUUAAAACACAGUUUGUUGUUGUUUGAAAAGCUACAUUUUUUUUUAAAAGAUGUAUUAAAAUGUGUCGGACCAUU